AUGCUGCGGCGCUUGGUGGCCCAGCCGAUCAAUGGCCAGGACACCUGCCCUUCUCAGGUGGGGGAGGGCCUCUUCGUCGGAAACAAGAGGCAUGCGACGGACGUUCGCACGUUGGUCAGCCUAGGUGUCACGGGUGCCAUGAACUGUGCGCCAACUGGAAUCAGCUCCCUGAAUUUGGAUAUGUACUCUGCUCAUGGCAUCGCCUAUGGAUACACAAAUGUCAGCCAGGAUGACUACAGUUAUCCAAUUCUGCAUGAUCGCGAUGGCCAGCGGUCAGAGCACCUGGAUACUGCGAAGUCGUUCUACGACCGCAUACGGGGUGCAGGUGGCAACGUGCUCUUCUUCUGUGUUGCAGGGCAGAAUCGCUCCGCCACGCUCGCAGUGGCGGUGCAGAUCCUCAAUGGGAAGAAACUGGAGGAGAUCCUCACGGUCUGUUCGAAGUGCCGACCCUUCAUUUUGGAGAAUGUGGGCUUCCAGCGGCAGCUUGUGGAGUUGGAAAUCAUCGAACAGCGGCUCAGGGGCAAAGAACCCUCACCGCAGCUGCGGCCGCUGCCCGACCCACCAAAGGGCAAGCGCCUCAAGGUCGAGACCUUCCCCGACUCCUCUCAAGUGGAGGUGGAACUUUUGGUCUCGGGCGUCUGCACCAUGGCUGCCGUCAUCCCGGUAGAGGCCACAAUUGACACGGUUCGGCAGAUCCUCAACGAUCGAGUGAACUCAUACUUGACGUGCGAGAAGAAGUGUGUCAUCGGCAAGUCUUGGAUGAUGUUCACCAUGUUUGGGCUGCCUCCAGAGUUCGACCUGGUGCUGGAGGAAGCGGCCGUUGAGGUCGGCGUUCAGAUUUCACGUCUGCAGUCCACCUUUGGACUGGAAAUUGUCAAAGCCAGUGGCGGUGACAGUCUAGGUGCCAGCACGAUCAUCUGCUGGAACUCCAGGUGUCGCUUUGAGCUGGCGAUCUUCUCUGUGCUGAAGGGCGACAAGGACAGGCACGAGCCGUUUACCUUCCGUCACGAGGAACGGCCAGGUGCGCCGGGCACCUUGCUGGCUGAGAACUUCCUGGACACAAACCUUCGCGCUUGGGACUUCACCUCAGGCGAGGCGUUCCGGUCCACGAAUCCCAUCAUCUUCAGCUAUUCGGAUGAUCCACGAAGCAAGCGUGAUUUCAUGAAUAUCUCUACCAGCAAGAUGGAGCGACAGCAGUUCGACCAUCCGGGCGAGGGCGGCAUUCUUGGGAUGGGGGCCAAUGCCAUCGUGCAUCGAGUGGAGCUGGAAGCGGUGGAGAAGGAUCCGGAACCUGUCCGGAGGGGCCUCCGCCUGCGCCGCCUGAGCUCUGACCACUCCUUCGAGCGCCGCUGGGACGCCGCGGUGAAGCGACCCUUCAGCCUCUGGAAGAUGCUCGCGUCCAUGGAGCACAAGUCGGAAGCAGGUGUGGCCAAGAGGCUGCGCAUGGCGGGAGCCUUGAACAAGCAGGGACGGCUUCUGUACUUCUAUGGCCUCGGUAUAGCCCUGGCCUCCAACAAUAACAACCAUGACGAGUACAAGUUUGAGGUGACCCUGCUCUCGCAGUACCAAGAAGACUUUUCAUCCUACACCCUGAAGCAGUUCAUGGAUGAUUACACGAAGGUGCUCGCAUCCGGUGAUCUCUCGCCUGAGGAGCACUGGCGCAUCAAGGACAUGCAGUCCAAGUUCUCGCUGAUCAAGGUGAAGGUACUCCUGGUCAGUCUCUUGAAUGGCUUCAGGGACCUGACGCUAAUGGGUGUACAGGCGCACCGGUCUUGUCAUUCUGUGUGUUCUUGCCAUCGAAUGCCUGUGCUGUGUAGAGUGCAAUGUGGUUCUGGCAGCUAG